AUGAAUCUCAUAAAAUUUGCAGUUCUAUCAGUAACAUUAGCACUAAUAUUGAACUAUAUACUGAAUAAGGCAUCAUUUUAUAAGUUCUUCAAUAAAUGCGGGUAUAUAGUUGGAUGUGAAAAUGAGAAAACUACAGUUGUCAGUAUGGAUGGCGGAAUGAUUUUCCAUAAGUUUGAUGAAGAUGGUGACGGAGUUUUGUCUGCUAACGAGUUUACUAAACUAAUGAGACGUUGGACUCAAAAUGGACAGAAACUAUGGUCCUACAACCUACCAGCUGGUAUUUUCGACCGAAACAUCACAUUGAGAGCCAGUUACAAACCUCUACUUUUCAACACGCUCCUCAACAAUGAAAACAACAUAAUAUCGAAAAAAUCAGAAUUUUCAGGGCUCCAAUCGUGGAAGGAAGUCAAUGAAAAGUCAAAAACUUUUCCUAUAAAACACUUCAAACUCUUUCUACCAGAUGUAAACUCCGACUCCUCCAUCGAAAAUCUAAUCGGAAAAACAUACUGGCUGGUGAAAACUUACACCAAGUACAAAAACGGACCAGGACUGCCGUCGAAUCGCUAUUAUCCACCCCAUCUCAGCGAGCCAACUGAGCAAUUUUUGUACGAAAUUUUGCGAAUGUUUCACGAGAGACCAUUUGUACAUAUGCGGUUCGAACCUGGAGGCAGUCUGGCCGUGGUCAGAGCUUAUGAUGAUCAGUAUUUGGAUAUUCAUUUCAGGAUACACGCUGAAUUUCAGCUGAACGUUCCUCCGAAUCUUCCAUUUUGGUUUACACCCGCCAUGUUUCUCGGCAACGUCAUUAUUGACAGGACCGGAAAUGACAUCAAGCAGUUUAAAUUGUUUGUACCCAAUAAGAAGAGGCUAAACGUGGAUUUGGAAUGGAUGAGAAAGAUGGAUGAAAAUGACGAUGGCGAAGAGAACGAAGUUAACAUCGGCUAUAUGCCUCAUAUGAAAAUUGAAAUGCAACAACCAACUACUGAUUAUGAUGAUGAUGACGAUGAUGCUGCUGAUGCUGAUGAUGAUAGUGGUGGUGAUGAAGACGUUUCUGGAGUAAAAUGGCGCAAAGAUAUAUCGAUACUCGAGGCAAAGAAACUUUUAGAAAUUGGAUUUUUUCCAUUUAAAAAGGUAAAUUGCUAA